ACUGACCCGAUCCCUCUACGUCUUCCUCACAGCAGCGAGACCCAGAACCCCCACCGGGCGCGUCCUUCUUCUCCAACAGUGUACAACGGAAAUAGCGUACGCGUUUCUUCCCCAGACGCAUCAGUCCGGCAAAAAACGCGACUCUGACCCGUCAACAUCAGCCACAAAGCAAACGGCGAUACGACAGUAAACGGCGUACUAUACACGUCGUCUUCCUCGCCUCAACAGUACAACAGUACGCCCUCACGUCCCCUUUUCCCUCCUUUUUUUCAGAACUUCCCAUCCCCUUCAUUGUUGCUUCGAAAAUAGCAGAAGAAUUCAAAAAAAUAAAAAUUACAAACGGAUUCCCCCCAAAUCGAACAAGCUUCUCCUAUAAAUGGCCUCAUCUCUUCCCAAUUAAGGAAACGUUUUUGAGGAUUGGAGAAGUUGGGGACAAUAGAUUUUUACGAUAAACUAAGAUCUUGUUUUUCUUUGGUAUCGAUUCUUUGCUUGCUCGAGUUAACCUCACUUGUCAUCAUCGUCUCAGUCUUGCUGCUCCGGAAGAGCGAUCGAACAUUUGAUCAAUUUUAAAUGAAGCCACUCUUUGGACAUUUUUACAUAAAGUACUGUUAAACAGUGAGGUUUCGCCGUUCCAAUAAGGGGAAAGAUUAAAUUGAGUGAAGAAUUUUCGGGGAAAAAUGGAUAAGGAGCAAGUGGAGCAAUUGAAGAUUCAAAUGAAGCAAUGGGUAAAUGAAGCUGAAAAAUUCAUCAAUGAUAUACCUCCUGUUCAACUGUAUGUUGCUGUUGGAGUUGUAUUAUCCACUCUCAUUUUGUUGUUAAUCAUUCGCUUGUUCAAAGGUACAGCAUCUAACACCAUUGUACUCACUGGGCUAAGUGGAAGCGGCAAAACAUAUCUUUUUUACCAGCUUAGAGAUGGUUCAGCCCAUCAGGGUACCGUGACGUCAAUGGAACCAAAUGAAGGCAGUUUUAUACUACACUCUGAAGAAGACAAGAAAGGGAAAUUGAAGCCUGUUCAUGUUGUUGAUGUCCCUGGGCACUCUCGUCUUAGGCCGAAACUAGAUGAUUUCCUGCCUCAAGCAGCUGGCGUCGUGUUUGUGGUGGAUUCGGUGGAAUUUUUACCAAACUGCCGUCCUGCUUCAGAGUACUUAUAUGAGAUCUUGACAAAGGCAAGUGUGGUCAAGAAAAAAGUUCCAGUACUCCUCCUUUGCAACAAGGUUGACAAAGUAACUGCACAUACAACAGAAUUCAUCAGAAAACAGCUGGAGAAAGAAAUCGACAAGCUUCGUACAUCAAGAACUGCCGUGUCUGAUGCAGAUAUUUCUAAUGAAUAUACGCUUGGUGUACCUGGAGAACCAUUUGCUUUUUCUCAAUGCCAUAACAGAGUAAUUGUUGCUGAAGCUUCUGGUCUAACCGGUGAGAUUUCUCAGCUGGAGAAGUUCAUUAGGGAGAAUGUGAAACCUUGAUUAUGGUAUUUCAAGCAAACGGGGGCCCCUUUUUAUUUCCUUCUCUUUUAUUUUUGGUCCGGGAAGCUGAAAAUACUAUCAGAUAGAUGGGAAAAAACAUCAACUUGGGGAACAUUUUCGAAGUAGGGAUAGGAAUUUGAAGAGUUCUCCUUAUGUUCUAUUGGCAAUCCCCACCUAAACAUUAUGUUUGUUGUGCCUAGAGUAUCUUGUCAGUGGAUUUGAUUACUUCCCUUUAUUUUUGUGCUGGUUGCUCUUCAUGGCAAAGGACAUUCCUGUGCAUAAUUUUUCUUCAUUGAAUUCCUUUUUCUCCAUGUGUUGCUAGCGACAUUGAAGAUGUUCUUUUUUGUGUGCUUCUGAUACAUUUGAACUAUUGGAGAUGUCAAAUAGCACUUCUUUUAAAAACCAAGAAAUGCUCUAACACUAUUUGGCAUAUGGUUUGAAACUUGGUGGAUAAUGAGUUCCAAAGAGUGCAUUUUUUCUGCCAAGAUUUGCAUCCUUCAUCGAUAUAUUGAUGAGCGAUGUGUGAAGAUAAUAUUUCUUGACAAUUGAACA